AAAGAAACCAGCCUAUCACCUUCAUAUAAAACCUCCUCAAUCUUGUGGAUGUCCUUGCAGGUCCAAAUUCUUGAGGAACCAUUUCCAUGGCCUCCGACCGUGUCGAGGUCGACACUGCCCGCCCUUUCCGGUCCGUGAAGGAGGCCGUCGCCGUGUUCGGGGAUCGCAUCCUAGUCGGCGGAAACCGCUCCAGGCUCCACGCCAAUGCUGUCGCCGCUGCUGCCCUUAAUGCCAAGCUGGCGGAGAGCGGCAGUAGCAGCACCAUCACCCUUUCUCCAAAUGCCAUGGCUGAUGCAGAGGCAGAGGCAACUACAGCCAUCGUGCCUAUGUACUCUGCUCCGUCCUCACCACCGUCUUUCACAUCAUCGCGAUCGGCGAACGGGGAUGACGGCGGCGACGAGCAUGAUGACCGAGACGAGGAUGCCGGUGGGCUCAUCGUCAUGAGCUCCGUUAAGAAGCUUGAGGAAGAGGUGGCAGAGACGAGGAGGGAAGUGGUGCGGCUGAGGAAGAGGAGCACGGAGAUGGAGAUGGCCGUGGCCAGCCUCAACGCGCAGCUCCACCGGGGCCUCUCGAGGCUGGCCGAGAUGGAGGCCGACAAGGCGGCUGCGGCGGCAGCGCGGCGCAGCAGCAUCGGCGGUGACACCGACAUGAAGAGGGCAGCCAUCGAGCGGUGGGCCGAGAAGUCUGGCGGAUACAGCAGCGAGUACCUGCCGUCGUUCAGCCACGCGCUGAGCCUCGGCGAGAUUGAUGAUGAUGACGAUCUGCUCGGCGGCGGCAGGAGGAGGAAGGCGCCGCAGAAGGUGAAGCCCAUCGUGCCCCUCAUCGGCGACAUCCUCUUCUCCAAGAGUUUCUCCAAGAGGAAGAGCAGCAAGGACAGUGGCGAUCUUUACAGUGUGUGUUAGGGGUGGUGAUUGACUGCUGUGUGCUCAGGUUGUGGCUGCUUGUGUGUGAUUUGGAUGGAGCACCUGUGCUUUCCUCUGUUCUUCCUUUUCUCCAUGGGUAGAUUCUUUUUCUUGCUUCUGCUCUUGUUUGUGUGAGCUGUAAAUGUAACAUACGGAUGAGUGCUUGCAUCUAUCUUCAGAUCAUGAAUGGACAAAAUGUGUGAUUACAGUAGAAUUGUCAUCA